AGAAAAAAGAAAAAAAAAGGGUGACGAUCUAUUUCAUUGUUUCUGUCAAUCUCCCCAUUCACAGCGAGUAUUUUGACUUCCGGCGACAUCACCGUCGACUCUGUACCUUCCGCCGUCCGGUUAUAGAAAUCUGUCAGUCGACAUGGGAGUGAGCUUCGUUGUUGGCGUCUUCGGAGUUCUAAUUCUGGCUCAUGCUGCUUAUUCUACCAUCCAAUAUAGGAACUUAUUGAAGAUCAUGCAGGAAGAGUUCUCAGCACCUCCAGUUAAUGUGGCAAUCGAAUUGAUCAUAGGGUUAGUAUUGUCUAUGUGGGCUGCGCUCACCGUGCCAGGGAAGUUCCUAUCGAUUAAUCCAGAUUCUGAGGAGAAUAGGAUAGUUUCUCUUCCCGCCAAUUCAGAUUUUAUGGUCUUCAACCACAGAGGCAGAUUAUUUCCCCUGCAAACGGAUUUGAAGCUGAAACAUUGAGAUCUCAUUCAUGCUCCAAGAAGGUCCUGGGGAGUUAAAGCUGGAAGCAUGAAGUGGACGUUAUAGAGCUUAAAGGAGAUAUUGCUGCAUUCCAUCAAUCUAAUGUUUCUUUACUUGUUUCUAUUUUGGAUAUUGUGAGACCUUUUCCCUGUUUAGACAGUCUCUUCCUUAAAACAAGUUUUCACCAUUGUUAUUGAAUUAUUCUCUUCCAUAAAAGAUUAGUAUGUUUUUCUGCAUUCUCCA